AUGUCUCUUUUGCCACCAAAAGGACCUUAUGCUGUUUCCACUCUCACCCUAGAAAUUCCUGGAGGAAAGUUUGCCAAGAAUUUGAUCAGAUCACCUUUUCGUUAUAAAAAUGAUCCAUCCAAAGUGGACCCGUUUGGGUUUCAAACAACAUUAGUGACACUCUUUUAUCCUACUGCUUUGAAAGAAGGCGUUAAGAGCGAUAAGCUAUCCUCGCCCGCCUUAGGAAAGCCUCUCAGCUGGCUUAAUGAACCUCGACUGAAAAGUAUCGAAGGACUUUUAAGGUAUGGAAACCUAUCAAGGUAUCUAGCCUAUCCGGCCGUAUUCAUCCUACCAUUCCAAGCAAAGCUUCCUUAUGGCUCAGACGGACCUGUAGCGACAGAAUCGCCCUCGCUUCUCACUCCAGACCACCAGGAAAUUGAAUCGCCUGCAGAUACAGCGCCACCUUCAGCCAAGCCAAAUACGGAUUUGUUCCCUGUAGGCGUGUUCAGUCAUGGAAUGGCAGGUACACGAACGACAUAUUCGUCUUACUUGUCAGAAUUGGCAAGUCAUGGUAUGAUCAUUGCUUCGGUAGAACAUAGAGAUGGAAGUGCAACGUACACACAAGUUAAAAAGAAAGACGACGACGGAAAGAUAAUAGAACAAGAUAGACUUUAUACGAAAUUCGACGAUUUAGAAUUCGAUCAGAAAGAAAACGGAGAAGAAACAACAGUUUGGGAUAUGCGAAAAUCUCAAGUAAAUCUACGUAAAAUAGAAAUGCUAGAAGCUUUAGAUGUCUUACAUCAACUUAAUGAAGGUAAUGGCGAUCAACUAGCACAGGACAGCACACGAUCGUUUGAUAACGAACAAGCUAAAUUAUCACAAUGGAAAUCAAGGUUGGACAUGGAAAACGUUUGGGCAUUAGGACAUUCGUAUGGAGGAGCGACUAGUAUUGAGAUUUUGCGUGACGAAAAAGCUCCAUUUACACAUGCUGUUGUUCUUGAUCCUUGGCUCGAAGCAAUCCCAAAAGCUGGCGAAGGUGCUCCGUUAAAGCGUCCAUUGUACGUCAUCAAUUCGGAAGGAUUUACCAUCUGGCGAAAGCAUUUCGGAUGGUUACGAGAGCUGGUGAAUGAAUCCAACGAGCAAACCGGUCGUGGCUGGUUGGCGACCAUAACCAAAACGAAACAUACCGAUUUCAGCGAUUUCCCAUUCCUCAUGCCGCGAUUCUUCAAGCCUGCCGCCGGAGUCGAAGCACCACAAGCUGCAGAAACGCUGUCCGUAUUCAGCAGAGCGUCCAGGUUGCAAUUCAUUGAUCGCUUCGAUAAAUCCGAUUUGGGCAUGCCUGUCCGCGAUGAACGAGCAGGUGAAGUAGAGGCAAAAGAUUUGGGUCAAGGUGGCUUUGUCGUUUGGCAUCCGUUAAAAAGUGCUCCUUCUGCAUCUCUUUGA